AUGGUGUUCUACCCUCCCUCUCUCGCAGGGACGGUCCCCGAGAUUCCUGAUACUCUCUCUAUACCCGAGUUCAUGCUCGACGAAAAGCACGGUCGCACGCCUAUCGCGCAGUCAUGGAACCCCUACGUGUGCGGUCUUUCAGGUGAGACCUUCACGAUGCAAGAGCAGAAAGACCGCGUCACACACCUCGCUCGCGCGCUGUCUAAAGAGCUAGGAUGGAAAGUCAAUCAGGGUACCGAAUACGACAAGGUCGCCGGCGUCUUCGCCCUCAAUACCAUCGACAUCAUGACUCUCAGCUGGGCCAUCCAUCGGCUGAACGGCGUUUCGUCGCCCGCAAACGCUGCUUAUUCCACAGAAGAGCUCAACCACCAACUCACCAACAGUGGCUCAACAUGCCUCUUCACAGUCAUGCCCCUCCUCGAUACAGCCCUCAAAGCUGCCAAAAAAGCCAAAAUACCCCGGAAUCGCAUCUACAUUUGCGAAAUGCCUGGUGACAAGGACUACCCUGAGGACCUCAAGCGCCUCUCACAGCUCACGAAAGAGGGCGAGUCCCUUCCUGAAAUUGAGCCUGUCAAAUGGUCCAAAGGCCAGGGUGAGCGCCAGACUGCCUUCCUCUGCUACUCCAGCGGCACCUCUGGCCUGCCCAAGGGUGUCAUGAUCUCGCACCGCAAUGUCAUUGCGAACACGAUGCAAAUCACCGCUUACGACAAGCCCGGCCGCGAGCACGUUGGUGGCAAAGAUUACAAGGACGUGGCACUCGGGCUACUUCCUCAGUCACAUAUUUAUGGCUUGAUAGUUAUUUGUCACGCCAGUACAUAUCGCGGCGAUAGGGUCGUCGUAUUGCCCAAAUUCGAAAUGCAGCAAUAUCUCAAUGCAAUCGUGAAGUACAAGAUCAAUACCCUGUACAUCGUUCCACCGAUUAUCAUCAACAUGGUCAAGAACCAGAAAACGCUGUCUAACUACGAUCUCUCCUCCGUCAAGCAGAUCUUCACCGGCGCCGCGCCUCUUGGAAAGGAAACAGCGGAGGAGCUGAACCAGCAGUAUCCGAGCUGGCUAGUCCGUCAAGGCUACGGGCUCACGGAGACCUGCACCGUUGUGUGCUCCUCGUCGCCUUUCGAUAUCUGGUUUGGCUCUUCAGGCAUCCUGCUACCCGGCUACAAAGCCAAGGUGAUGAGUAUUGAGGGUAACGAGAUCACGGGCUACGACCAGCCCGGUGAGCUGCUUGUCCAGUCGCCCUCGGUUGUCUUGGGCUACUUGAAGAACGACAAGGCUACCAAGGAGACGUUCGUGGACGAGCCCGAAGGCCGCUUCAUGCGCACGGGCGACGAGGUCGUGUUCCGAAAGUCUCCAAACGGGAAUGAGCAUAUCUGGGUGGUAGAUCGCAUCAAGGAACUUAUCAAAGUCAAGGGCCUCCAAGUCGCUCCCGCCGAGCUCGAAGCCUGCCUCCUCAACCACCCGGCCGUGGCAGACUGUGCCGUGAUCCCCGUUGCCGACGACCGCGCCGGCGAGGUCCCCAAGGCCUUUGUCGUCAAGUCCUCCGAAGUCGGGCUCGAGGAGUCCGACGCCAUGCUGCGCCGCAACAUCAGCAAAUUCGUCGAGAAGGAGAAGGCUCGCCACAAAUGGCUCGCCGGCGGCGUGGAGUUUAUCGACGUCAUCCCCAAGAGUCCCAGCGGCAAGAUCCUGCGUCGGAUGCUGAGGGACAAGGAGCGUGAGGCGCGCAAGAAAGGGGGCGCGAAGCUGUAG